AUGGGAGGAGUUCCGUGGAAAUCCAACGGCUGUAGUACAUGCAAGAGGAGAAAAGUCAAAUGCGACUCUCAGCGGCCUCAAUGUGCAAGAUGUCUACGAGGGGGCUUUCGCUGCGAGGGAUACGAUCAGAAUCGCAGGUUCAUACAUACAUUCGCCCAUGACAAACCCAAAGACCAUGUUGUUCAGCGAAAGACACCAGGGACAAAAACCCCUUUGGCGGUGAUCAAUGUCAACUCGCAAAUCCGAUCGCAGCUCUUUUCCUUGUUCAUCGACUCUUAUAUGCCAUCAUCUCCGUCGGGUCAAAUCAAGUAUAGAUUCCAGCCCGCGCCGAACUUAGUACCACUCCUGCCAUCACUUGUGGAUGGAAAUAAUAGCCAGUUGCUGGACAGAGCAACGUCGGCACUUGCAUCGGUCUUUGUCGGCAAGAAGUUCAACAAUGAUCAGUUGGCCAAUCAUGGCAUGCUACUAUACAAUCAUGCGAUUCAAAUGUUCCUGCGCAUCUUACCUCGAGCUGGGAUUCCGGUUCAAGAGGUCUUAUGUGCAAAUUUGAUCUUUCAGCUAUAUGAGGUCGGUACUCAAGCUCCGCCUGUACUUAGGGUCAUCAAUUGCUCAUCCGGCUUCGCUGGCUGGACGGCACACAUGCAAGGCGCCAAUGCAGUUCUCGCACGACACCAGGGUAACAUGAAAAAAGAUCAGAUGGCUCAAGUGCAGUCAAUUGACGAUGCCGCUAAUGUGAUCCAGUUUUGUUUGCACGUCAAAUGGAAGACUGAGGCUUGGGAUAAAGAGCUGCGCGCCAAAUACGGGAAUACUCCAUUCACCAUGGCCCCAGAGAGCAACAGCAGCCCUAGAUCUGUUCCCAGCAGGACCAUCUUCUCUGAAAUUUACCAAUUUGCAGCUCCAGAUAUAGCGGAAGCGUACAUGCUAUAUUGGAGUGCAUUGCUCAUGAUAUUUUCUGUUCUUCAUGGAGCGGAGCUCUGGCGGCAUUCCGACCUCAGCGGCUCCGAUGAAGACAAGACUGCAUACCAUCAGAAUGCCACACUUUUCUUGAAAAGUGCUGAGUACUAUGCCAACCAGAUUUGCCGUGGUGUGGGUUAUUUCAUACAACCAGAUAUGCAUAUUCUUGGAGGCCAUAGUGUGCUCUUCCCCAUGGCGAUGGCAUCGCAAUUCUUUUAUCGCCAUGGCUUCAUUGCCCACUUUCAGUGGUGUCAGGAGGUCCUCACUGCUCUGGAAACGGUUGGAUUGGGGCUGGCUAAUGUUAUACAAGGGACUCCUUGGGAUAGAUAUAAGGUUGGGGAGAGCUAG